GCCCCUCCCACUGCCGAGGGCGGUGGAACAAGGAGAGAUUGGAGGCCAAAGGCUCCCGGUGACUCAGGUGCCUGCCUGCAGGAGUUUCGAGAAGAGAGGGCAGCAUCCCAGAACUGAAUUUGGAGUCCGCAGAUCCAUGGCUGGAAGACCUGCGUUCCCUGGACGUCAGGAAGAGGAGGCUGCUAGAGACCCAGGGCUGAAACUAUCACCGGCACAGCCCCCAGGCCGCCUGCCCAGCAUUGAUGAGGCGCGACCGGCAGUGCCCGGCCCGGCUUCCCGCCGGGGCUCGGUGCUGGGCCUGGCCUCGUCCUUUUCACGGCGCAACUCGCUGGCCGGGCCAGGCUUGGGUGCUGGAGGUCGGCGACCAUCCCAAGGCCCUGUGCCCCCUCUAGGCUCGCGGGUCAGCUUCUCGGGGCUGCCCCUGGCGCCUGCCCGUCGGGUGGCGCCCUCGUACCGCACGGAGCCCGCACCCGGGGAGCGCUGGGAGGCAGCAGGCGCACAGCGGGCUCUGGAGGCGGCGCUAGCCUCGCGGCUGCGCGAUGCAAGCUAUUCGGGCGCAGAAGCAGGGUCGCUGGCCCGGGAGCUCUGCGAGCAGGUGCGAGUGCGCUUGCGCGAGCUCUGCCCCCCGCGCUACAAGCUGGUGUGCAGCGUGGUGCUGGGGCCGCGCGCCGGCCAGGGCGUGCGCGUCGUCAGCCGCGCGCUCUGGGACGCGGCCCGCGACGGGCUGGCUUCUGCCUCCUUCACCAACGCUUCGCUCUUUGCCGUGGCCACGGUCCACGGGCUCUACUGCGAAUGAGAUGGCCUUCCAGUU